AUGGCGACGAGCGGCGGCGAAGAGGCGGUGGCAGCGGUGCCGGCGCCUGGGGCCCCGGCGACGGGAGCGGAUACGACCCUGGGCUGGGAGGUGGCGGUGCGGCCCCUGCUGUCUGCGUCCUAUUCCGCCUUCGAGAUGAAGGAGUUGCCGCAGCUGGUGGCCUCAGUCAUCGAGAGUGAAUCAGAAAUCCUGCAUCACGAGAAGCAGUACGAGCCGUUCUACUCAUCUUUCGUUGCGCUUUCCACACACUAUAUUACAACAGUCUGCAGCCUCAUUCCCCGGAAUCAGCUUCAGUCCGUAGCAGCAGCUUGUAAAGUCCUGAUUGAAUUUUCUCUCCUGCGUCUGGAGAAUCCAGAUGAGGCUUGUGCUGUGUCUCAGAAACACUUGAUUCUUUUGAUCAAGGGCUUAUGCACUGGCUGUAGCCGGCUAGACAGAACUGAAAUAAUCACAUUUACAGCGAUGAUGAAAUCGGCCAAGCUGCCUCAGACAGUGAAGACACUCUCGGAUGUGGAAGAUCAGAAAGAGCUGGCCUCUCCAGUUAGCCCUGAGCUGAGGCAGAAGGAAGUACAGAUGAAUUUUUUGAACCAGCUGACAUCAGUUUUUAAUCCUAGAACUGUAGCAUCACCUCCUGUUGGUCCACAGACUCCGGCGGAAGGGGAAAAUGAUGAACAGUCAUCCACAGAUCAAGCCUCUGCUAUCAAAACCAAGAAUGUGUUCAUAGCUCAGAAUGUGGCUAGUCUUCAAGAGCUUGGUGGCUCUGAGAAGUUGCUGCGUGUGUGUUUGAACCUGCCUUACUUCCUGCGCUACAUCAACCGGUUUCAGGAUGCAGUGUUGGCCAAUUCCUUCUUCAUCAUGCCAGCGACAGUAGCCGAUGCCACUGCUGUUCGUAAUGGUUUUCACUCGCUGGUGAUUGAUGUAACCAUGGCACUGGAUACUCUCUCUCUACCUGUGUUGGAACCUCUCAACCCUUCUCGUCUGCAAGAUGUGACAGUGCUCAGCCUAAGUUGUCUCUAUGCGGGGGUGAGUGUGGCUACCUGCAUGGCCAUCCUCCAUGUGGGUAGCGCUCAGCAAGUGCGCACAGGGUCCACGAGCUCCAAGGAAGAAGACUAUGAGAGCGACGCGGCUACAAUCGUCCAGAAAUGUCUUGAAAUCUAUGACAUGAUUGGGCAAGCGAUCAGCAAUUCCCGCCGAGCUGGUGGCGAGCACUACCAGAACUUCCAGUUGCUGGGUGCCUGGUGUUUGUUGAACAGCCUUUUCCUCAUACUGAAUCUCAGUCCUACUGCCUUGGCUGACAAGGGAAAAGAGAAAGACCCGCUGGCUGCACUCCGAGUCAGAGACAUCCUUUCACGGACAAAAGAGGGCGUGGGCUCUCCUAAGUUGGGGCCUGGCAAGGGGCAUCAGGGUUUUGGGGUGCUCUCGGUAAUAUUGGCGAACCAUGCUGUGAAAUUGUUAACAUCUCUCUUUCAAGACCUGCAAGUCGAGGCUCUCCAUAAGGGCUGGGAGGCGGACGGCCCCCCUGCGGCCUUGAGCAUUAUGGCGCAGAGCACCUCCAUCCAGAGGAUCCAGCGGCUGAUCGACUCUGUCCCACUGACGAACCUGCUGCUGACCUUACUCUCAACUUCAUACAGAAAGGCCUGCGUCCUGCAACGGCAGAGGAAGGGCUCCAUGAGCAGUGACGCCAGCGCCUCCACGGACUCCAACACCUACUACGAGGACGAUUUCAGCAGCACGGAGGAAGACAGCAGCCAAGAUGAUGACAGUGAACCCAUUUUGGGACAGUGGUUUGAGGAGACCAUCUCCCCCAGUAAAGAGAAAGUGGCCCCUCCGCCUCCUCCCCCACCUCCUCCACUGGAGAGCUCCCCUCGAGUUAAAAGCCCUAGUAAGCAUGCCCCUGGUGAGAAGGGCAACAUUUUGGCUAGUCGCAAAGAUCCUGAAUUGUUUUUAGGUUUGGCUUCCAAUAUUUUGAACUUCAUCACCUCUUCCAUGCUGAAUUCUCGGAAUAAUUUCAUCCGAAACUACCUGAGUGUGUCUCUUUCGGAACACCAUAUGGCUACUCUGGCCAGCAUCAUUAAGGAAGUGGACAAAGAUGGACUCAAGGGUUCAUCAGAUGAAGAGUUUGCUGCCGCCCUCUAUCACUUCAACCACUCUCUGGUAACUUCUGACCUCCAGUCACCUCACCUGCAGAACACACUGCUGCAGCAGCUGGGAGUGGCUCCUUUUUCUGAGGGGCCCUGGCCCCUGUUCAUCCACCCUCAAAGCCUCUCUGUGCUUUCACGCCUCCUACUCAUCUGGCAGCAUAAAGCGGGUGUUCAAGGGGACCCUGACGUCCCGGAAUGCCUCAAAGUGUGGGACAGGUUUUUGUCGACAAUGAAACAGAACGCCCUGCAGGGGGUGGUGCCCAACGAGACGGAAGAUUUGAAUGUGGAACACCUGCAGCUGCUGCUGCUCAUCUUCCACAACUUCACUGAGAAGGGCCGGCGGGCCAUACUGACGCUGUUUGUGCAGACCAUGCAGGAGCUGAGCUCCCACAUGGACACCCAGAUGCGCUGCGUGCCGCUCCUCUUGGCUCGACUCCUGUUGAUCUUUGACUACCUGCUUCACCAGUACUCCAAAGCCCCCGUGUAUCUGUUUGAGCAGGUGCAGCAUAACCUGCUAAGUCCUCCUUUUGGGUGGGCAAGUGGAUCCCAGGACAGCAACAGCCGCCGGGCGACCACCCCUCUCUAUCAUGGGUUCAAAGAAGUAGAAGAAAACUGGUCGAAGCAUUUUUCAUCAGAUGCAGUCCCACAGCCCAGAUUCUACUGUGUCCUGUCCCCAGAAGCCUCAGAGGAUGAUUUGAACCGACUCGAUUCUGUGGCAUGUGACGUCCUCUUCUCCAAGCUUGUCAAGUACGAUGAGCUUUACACUGCACUGACAUCUCUGCUUGCGGCCGGGUCCCAGCUUGAUACAGUGAGAAGAAAGGAAAACAAGAGCAUAACAGCCCUGGAGGCCUGUGCCCUUCAGUACUACUUUCUGAUACUUUGGAGGAUCCUAGGUAUUUUGCCGCCCUCCAAGACUUACAUGAACCAGCUGGCCAUGAACUCGCCUGAGAUGAGUGAAUGUGACAUCUUACACACUCUGCGCUGGUCUUCCCGCCUGCGGAUCGGCUCCUAUGUCACCUGGAUAAAGGAUCACCUUAUCAAACAGGGGAUGAAGGCUGAACACGCGGGGUCGCUCUUAGAGCUGGCAUCCACCAAGUGCAGCUCAGUGAGAUACGAUGUUGAGAUUGUAGAGGAAUACUUUGCUCGACAGAUCUCAUCGUUCUGUAGCAUCGACUGUACCACCAUCUUGCAGCUCCAUGAAAUCCCCAGUCUGCAGUCCAUCUAUACCCUGGAUGCCGCCAUCUCGAAGGUCCAGGUCUCUUUGGAUGAACAUUUUUCUAAGAUGGCUGCUGAGACUGAUCCUCAUAAGUCAUCUGAGAUCACCAAGAACCUGCUUCCUGCCACGCUGCAGCUUAUUGACACCUACGCAUCUUUCACUAGAGCCUAUUUGCUACAGAACUUUAAUGAAGAGGGAGCUACUGAAAAACCUUCCCAGGAGAAAUUGCAUGGAUUUGCUGCUGUUUUGGCCAUUGGCUCCAGUAGGUGCAAGGCGAACACUCUCGGCCCAGCGUUGGUCCAGAAUCUGCCUUCAUCGGUGCAGACUGUGUGUGACUCCUGGAACAGCAUCAGCACCAAUGAGUUUCCCAACAUCGGGUCCUGGCGCAAUGCCUUUGCCAAUGACACCAUCCCUUCAGAGAGCUACAUCAGUGCUGUGCAGGCUGCUCACCUGGGGACUCUGUGUGGCCAAAGUCUGUCCCUGGCUGCUUCCUUGAAGCAUACCCUGCUCUCCCUGGUCAGGCUGACUGGAGAUCUUAUUGUUGGACUAGAUGAAUCAAUCUUAGAGGAAUGUCUUCAGUAUUUGGAAAAGCAGCUGGAAAGCAGCCAGGCUCGUAAAGCUAUGGAGGAAUUUUUCUCGGACAGUGGAGAACUUGUGCAGAUCAUGAUGGCAACAGCCAAUGAGAACCUCUCUGCUAAAUUCUGUAACCGAGUUUUGAAAUUCUUCACCAAACUCUUCCAGCUGACUGAGAAGAGCCCUAACCCGAGCCUUCUGCAUCUCUGUGGCUCUCUGGCACAGCUGGCUUGUGUAGAGCCCGUGCGUCUUCAGGCCUGGCUCACGCGCAUGACCACCUCACCCCCCAAAGAUUCCGAUCAGCUGGAUAUGAUUCAGGAGAACCGACAGCUGUUGCAGUCGUUGACGACAUACAUUGUUCGGGAAAACAGCCAAGUUGGAGAAGGCGUAUGUGCUGUGCUUCUGGGCACCCUAAUCCCCAUGGCAACAGAGAUGCUGGCCAACGGUGAUGGGACUGGGUUCCCUGAACUCAUGGUUGUGAUGGCUACCCUGGCCAGCGCAGGUCAAGGCGCUGGCCAUCUUCAGCUUCAUAAUGCUGCUGUGGACUGGCUGAGUAGAUGCAAGAAAUACCUGUCACAGAAGAAUGUGGUUGAAAAGCUGAACGCCAACGUAAUGCAUGGAAAGCAUGUGGUCGUCUUGGAGUGCACGUGCCAUAUUAUGUCUUACUUGGCUGAUGUCACCAAUGCCUUGAGCCAGAGUAAUGGUCAAGGUCCAAGUCACCUCUCGGUGGAUGGGGAAGAGCGGGCCAUUGAGGUGGACUCAGACUGGGUGGAGGAGCUGGCAGUGGAGGAGGAAGACUCACAGGCCGAGGACUCAGAUGAAGAUUCUCUUUGCAAUAAACUGUGCACUUUUACCAUCACUCAGAAGGAAUUUAUGAACCAGCAUUGGUACCACUGUCACACCUGCAAAAUGGUUGAUGGGGUGGGCGUGUGCACAGUCUGUGCCAAGGUGUGCCACAAGGAUCAUGAAAUCUCCUAUGCCAAGUAUGGGUCCUUCUUCUGUGACUGUGGAGCCAAGGAAGAUGGUAGCUGCUUGGCGCUGGUAAAGCGGACUCCUAGCAGCGGCAUGAGCUCCGCCUUGAAGGAGUCAGCGUUUCAAAGUGAACCCAGGCUUUCAGAGAGUUUGGUGCGUCACACGAGCACGUCCCCUGCUGACAAGGCCAAAGUCACCAUCAGUGACGGGAAGGCUGCUGACGAGGAGAAGCCCAAGAAGAGCAGCCUGUGCCGGACAGUGGAGGGCUGCCGGGAAGAACUGCAGAACCAGGCCAAUUUCUCCUUCGCUCCUCUCGUGUUAGACAUGCUCAAUUUCCUCAUGGAUGCCAUUCAGACCAACUUUCAACAGGCUUCAGCUGUGGGGAGCAGCAGCCGGGCUCAGCAAGCCCUCCGCGAGCUGCAUACAGUGGAGAAGGUGGUUGAGAUGACAGACCAGCUGAUGGUUCCCACCUUAGGCUCUCAAGAAGGUGCUUUUGAAAACGUUCGGAUGAACUACAGUGGAGACCAGGGCCAGACUAUUCGGCAGCUCAUCAGCGCCCAUGUUCUCAGACGGGUGGCAAUGUGUGUGCUCUCCUCACCCCACGGGCGCCGCCAGCAUUUGGCUGUCAGCCACGAGAAGGGCAAGAUCACUGUCCUGCAACUCUCCGCACUCCUGAAGCAAGCAGAUUCCAGCAAAAGGAAGUUGACUCUGACCCGCUUGGCGUCUGCCCCGGUCCCCUUUACUGUGUUGAGCCUCACUGGAAAUCCUUGCAAGGAGGACUACCUUGCUGUUUGUGGGCUGAAGGACUGCCACGUGCUGACCUUCAGCAGCUCAGGCUCAGUUUCGGAUCACUUGGUGUUGCAUCCUCAGUUGGCAACAGGGAACUUCAUCAUCAAAGCUGUGUGGCUACCUGGUUCACAGACUGAAUUAGCAAUUGUCACUGCAGACUUUGUCAAGAUUUAUGACCUAUCUGUAGAUGCCUUGAGUCCAACCUUCUACUUCCUCCUGCCAAGCUCUAAGAUAAGAGAUGUUACCUUCCUCUUCAAUGAGGAAGGAAAGAAUAUCAUCGUCAUAAUGUCUUCCGCGGGGUACAUUUACACGCAGCUCAUGGAGGAGGCCAGCAGUGCUCAGCAAGGCCCUUUCUAUGUCACCAAUGUCCUAGAAAUCAAUCACGAGGACUUGAAGGACAGUAACAGUCAGGUGGCAGGCGGUGGCGUGUCUGUGUACUACUCUCAUGUGCUGCAGCUGCUGUUCUUCAGCUAUUCUCAGGGCAGGUCAUUUGCCGCCACCAUCAGCAGGACGACUCUGGAGGUGCUGCAGCUCUUCUCCAUUAACAUCAAAAGUUCCAACGGUGGCAGUAAGACAUCUCCUGCCCUGUGCCAGUGGUCUGAGGUGAUGAACCACCCUGGCUUGGUGUGUUGUGUCCAGCAAACUACCGGUGUGCCUCUGGUAGUCAUGGUGAAACCAGACACUUUCCUCAUCCAGGAGAUCAAGACUCUUCCUGCUAAGGCUAAGAUCCAAGACAUGGUCGCCAUUAGGCACACAGCCUGCAAUGAGCAGCAGCGGACAACGAUGAUCUUGCUGUGUGAGGACGGCAGCCUGCGCAUCUACAUGGCCAACGUGGAGAGCACUUCCUACUGGCUCCAGCCGUCCCUGCAGCCCAGCAGUGUCAUCAGCAUCAUGAAGCCGGUUCGAAAGCGCAAAACAGCUACCAUCACCACCCGCACAUCUAGCCAGGUGACCUUUCCCAUUGACUUCUUCGAGCACAACCAGCAGCUGACAGACGUGGAGUUUGGUGGCAAUGACCUCCUGCAGGUCUACAAUGCACAACAGAUAAAGCACCGACUGAACUCCACGGGCAUGUACGUGGCCAACACCAAGCCCGGGGGCUUCACCAUCGAGAUCACUAACAACAGCAGCACGAUGGUGAUGACAGGCAUGCGGAUUCAGACUGGGACACAGGCCAUCGAGCGGGCACCCUCGUACAUUGAGAUCUUCGGCAGAACAAUGCAGCUUAACUUGAGUCGCUCCCGCUGGUUUGACUUCCCCUUCACCCGAGAGGAAGCCCUGCAGGCCGAUAAGAAGCUGAAUCUCUUCAUUGGGGCAUCCGUGGAUCCAGCAGGAGUCACCAUGAUUGAUGCUGUAAAAAUUUACGGCAAGACUAAGGAGCAGUUCGGCUGGCCUGAUGAGCCCCCAGAAGAAUUUCCUUCUGCCUCCGUCAGCAACAUCUGCCCUUCAAACUUGAACCAGAGCAAUGGCACGGGAGACAGUGACUCCGCUGCCCCCACUACCACUAGUGGAACUGUCCUGGAGAGGCUGGUUGUGAGUUCUUUAGAAGCCCUGGAAAGCUGCUUUGCUGUUGGCCCAAUCAUCGAGAAGGAAAAAAACAAGAAUGCAGCUCAGGAGCUGGCUACUUUGCUGCUGUCCCUGCCAGCACCUGCCAGUGUCCAGCAGCAAUCCAAGAGCCUCCUGGCCAGCCUGCACACCAGCCGCUCGGCCUAUCACAGCCACAAGGAUCAGGCCUUGCUGAGCAAAGCUGUGCAGUGUCUCAACACAUUCAGCAAAGAAGGCAAGGAUUUGGACCCUGAGGUCUUCCAGAGGCUGGUGAUCACAGCUCGCUCCAUUGCUAUCAUGCGCCCUAACAACCUUGUCCACUUUACGGAGUCAAAGCUGCCCCAGAUGGAAACAGAAGGAGUGGAUGAGGGAAGAGAACCUCAGAAGCAGUUGGAAGGAGACUGCUGUAGUUUUAUCACUCAGCUGGUUAACCACUUCUGGAAACUCCACGCGUCUAAACCCAAGAAUGCUUUCUUGGCGCCGGCCUGCCUGCCGGGCCUAACUCACAUCGAAGCUACUGUCAAUGCUCUGGUGGACAUCAUCCACGGCUACUGUACUUGCGAGCUGGACUGUAUCAACACGGCCUCCAAGAUCUACCUGCAGAUGCUGCUGUGUCCGGACCCUGCUGUGAGCUUCUCUUGUAAACAAGCUCUAAUUCGAGUCCUAAGGCCCAGGAACAAACGGAGACAUGUGACCUUGCCCUCUUCCCCUCGAAGCAACACUCCGAUGGGAGACAAGGAUGAUGAUGACGACGAUGAUGCGGAUGAGAAAAUGCAGUCAUCAGGGAUCCCGAAUGGUGCCCACAUUCGUCAGGAAAGCCAGGAACAGAGUGAGGUGGACCAUGGAGAUUUUGAGAUGGUGUCUGAGUCGAUGGUCCUGGAGACAGCUGAAAAUGUCAACAAUGGCAAUCCCUCUCCCCUGGAGGCCCUGCUAGCGGGCGCAGAGGGGUUCCCCCCCAUGCUGGACAUCCCACCUGAUGCAGAUGACGAGACCAUGGUUGAGCUAGCCAUUGCCCUGAGCCUGCAGCAGGACCAACAAGGCAGCAGCAGCAGUGCCCUGGGCCUGCAGAGCCUGGGGCUGUCCGGCCAGGCACCCAGCUCUUCCUCUCUGGACGCAGGAACCCUCUCUGACACCACAGCAUCAGCUCCAGCUUCAGACGAUGAGGGCAGCACAGCAGCAACUGAUGGUUCCACCCUGCGGACCUCUCCUGCUGACCAUGGUGGGAGUGUGGGCUCGGAGAGCGGGGGCAGUGCAGUGGACUCAGUGGCUGGCGAGCACAGUGUGUCUGGCCGGAGUAGUGCGUAUGGUGAUGGCACAGCAGAGGGGCAUCCAGCUGGGCCAGGAAGCGUCAGCUCAAGUACCGGCGCCAUCAGCACCACCACCGGACACCAGGAAGGAGAUGGCUCUGAGGGAGAAGGAGAAGGGGAAGGGGAAGGAGAUGUUCACACCAGCAACAGGCUACACAUGGUUCGGCUGAUGUUGCUGGAGAGACUGCUGCAGACCCUGCCGCAGCUGAGAAAUGUCGGAGGCGUGCGGGCCAUCCCCUACAUGCAGGUCAUUCUGAUGCUUACAGCAGAUCUGGAUGGAGAGGAUGAGAAGGACAAAGGGGCCUUAGACAACCUGCUCUCCCAGCUUACUGCUGAGCUGGGCCUGGAGAAAAAGGAUGUCUCCAAGAAGAAUGAGCGCAGCGCCCUGAAUGAGGUCCAUCUGGUCGUGAUGAGACUGCUGAGUGUGUUCAUGUCCCGGACCAAGUCCGGGUCCAAGUCAUCCACGUGUGAGUCGUCUUCCCUCAUCUCCAGUGCCACAGCCGCAGCCUUGCUGAGCUCUGGCGCCGUGGACUACUGCCUGCACGUGCUCAGGUCCUUGCUGGACUACUGGAAGAGCCAGCAGAACGACGAGGAGCCCGUGGCUGCCAGCCAGCUGUUGAAACCGCACACGACUUCCUCCCCACCAGACAUGAGCCCGUUCUUUCUCCGCCAGUAUGUGAAGGGUCACGCUGCUGAUGUGUUUGAGGCCUAUACUCAGCUCCUAACAGAGAUGGUACUGAGACUGCCAUACCAGAUCAAAAAGAUCGCUGACACCAAUUCUCGAAUCCCACCUCCUGUCUUUGAUCAUUCCUGGUUUUACUUUCUCUCAGAGUACCUAAUGAUCCAGCAAACUCCAUUUGUGCGCCGUCAAGUCCGCAAGCUGUUGCUCUUCAUCUGCGGGUCCAAGGAGAAGUACCGCCAGCUCCGUGACCUGCACACUCUGGACUCACACGUGCGCGCGAUCAAGAAGCUGCUGGAAGAGCAGGGCAUAUUCCUCCGGGCAAGCGUGGUCACAGCCAGCUCGGGCUCCGCCUUGCAGUAUGACACGCUCAUCAGCCUGAUGGAGCACCUGAAAGCGUGCGCGGAGAUCGCCGCCCAGCGAACCAUCAACUGGCAGAAGUUCUGCAUCAAAGACGACUCUGUCCUGUACUUCCUCCUCCAAGUCAGCUUCCUGGUGGACGAGGGGGUGUCCCCGGUGUUGCUGCAGCUGCUCUCCUGUGCGCUGUGUGGCAGCAAAGUGCUCGCUGCCCUGGCAGCCUCAGCAGGUUCCUCCAGUGCUUCCUCCACCUCAGCCCCUGUGGCCACCAGUUCUGGACAGGCUGCCACACAGUCCAAGUCAUCCACUAAGAAGAGCAAGAAAGAAGAAAAGGAAAAGGAGAAAGAGGGUGAAAGCUCCGGCAGCCAGGAGGACCAGCUAUGCACAGCUCUGGUGAACCAGCUGAACAAAUUUGCAGAUAAAGAGACCUUGGUCCAGUUUCUGCGUUGCUUCCUCCUAGAGUCCAAUUCUUCCUCAGUCCGCUGGCAGGCCCACUGCCUGACUCUGCACAUCUACAGAAACUCCAGCAAGUCGCAACAAGAGCUCCUCCUAGACCUGAUGUGGUCCAUAUGGCCAGAGCUCCCAGCCUACGGUCGUAAGGCUGCCCAGUUUGUGGAUCUAUUAGGGUAUUUCUCUCUGAAAACCCCACAAACAGAGAAGAAGCUGAAGGAGUAUUCGCAGAAGGCACUGGAAAUUCUACGCACUCAGAACCACAUUCUCACCAACCAUCCCAACUCUAACAUUUAUAACACCUUGUCCGGCUUGGUGGAGUUUGAUGGCUAUUACCUGGAGAGUGACCCCUGCCUAGUGUGUAAUAAUCCAGAAGUGCCAUUUUGUUAUAUCAAGCUUUCUUCCAUUAAAGUGGACACACGGUACACCACCACCCAGCAGGUUGUGAAGCUCAUUGGCAGCCACACCAUCAGCAAAGUGACAGUGAAAAUUGGGGACCUGAAACGGACUAAGAUGGUGCGAACUGUCAACCUCUAUUACAACAACCGAACUGUGCAGGCCAUUGUGGAGCUGAAAAACAAGCCGGCUCGCUGGCACAAGGCCAAGAAGGUCCAGCUGACCCCUGGUCAGACAGAGGUGAAGAUUGACCUCCCCUUGCCCAUUGUGGCUUCCAACCUGAUGAUUGAAUUUGCGGACUUCUAUGAGAACUAUCAGGCCUCUACGGAGACCCUGCAGUGCCCACGCUGCAGUGCCUCGGUUCCUGCCAACCCAGGGGUCUGUGGCAACUGUGGAGAGAACGUCUACCAGUGUCACAAAUGCCGGUCCAUCAACUAUGACGAGAAGGACCCCUUCCUCUGUAAUGCCUGUGGCUUCUGUAAAUAUGCUCGCUUCGACUUCAUGCUCUAUGCCAAGCCUUGCUGUGCGGUGGAUCCCAUCGAGAAUGAAGAAGACCGGAAGAAGGCUGUUUCCAACAUCAAUACCCUGCUGGACAAAGCGGAUCGGGUGUACCACCAGCUGAUGGGACAUCGGCCACAGCUGGAAAACCUGCUCUGCAAAGUCAACGAGGCAGCGCCUGAGAAGCCACAGGAUGACUCGGGAACGGCUGGGGGCAUCAGUUCCACUUCCGCCAGCGUGAAUCGGUAUAUCCUGCAGUUGGCCCAGGAGUACUGUGGGGACUGCAAGAACUCUUUUGAUGAGCUCUCCAAGAUCAUCCAGAAAGUUUUUGCCUCACGCAAAGAGCUGUUGGAAUAUGACCUGCAGCAGCGGGAGGCGGCGACCAAGUCGUCCCGAACCUCCGUGCAGCCCACCUUCACCGCCAGCCAGUACCGCGCCCUGUCUGUCCUGGGCUGCGGCCACACGUCGUCCACCAAGUGCUACGGCUGCGCCUCGGCCGUCACGGAGCACUGCAUCACUCUGCUCCGGGCCCUGGCCACCAACCCGGCCCUCAGGCACAUCCUCGUCUCGCAGGGCCUCAUCCGGGAGCUCUUCGACUACAAUCUCCGCCGAGGCUCUGCGGCCAUGAGGGAGGAGGUCCGCCAGCUCAUGUGCCUCCUCACUCGAGAUAAUCCAGAAGCCACUCAGCAAAUGAAUGACCUGAUUAUUGGCAAAGUCUCCACAGCCCUGAAGGGCCACUGGGCCAAUCCUGAUCUGGCAAGUAGUCUUCAGUACGAAAUGCUGUUGCUGACAGAUUCAAUCUCGAAGGAGGACAGCUGCUGGGAGCUCCGGCUGCGCUGCGCACUCAGCCUGUUCCUCAUGGCUGUGAACAUUAAGACCCCCGUGGUGGUUGAGAACAUUACCCUUAUGUGCCUGCGGAUCCUGCAGAAGCUGAUUAAACCGCCGGCUCCAACCAGCAAGAAGAACAAGGAUGUUCCUGUGGAGGCCCUCACUACAGUGAAGCCAUACUGCAAUGAGAUCCACGCCCAGGCUCAGCUGUGGCUCAAGAGAGACCCCAAAGCGUCCUAUGAAGCCUGGAAGAAGUGUCUCCCUAUUAGAGGUUUAGAUGGCAACGGGAAGUCCCCCAGCAAAUCGGAACUGCACCAUCUCUAUCUGACUGAGAAGUACGUGUGGAGGUGGAAGCAGUUCCUGAGUCGCCGUGGGAAGAGGACCUCCCCCUUGGACCUCAAGCUGGGCCACAACAACUGGCUGCGGCAGGUGCUCUUCACACCCGCAACGCAAGCCGCGCGGCAGGCAGCCUGCACCAUCGUGGAAGCACUGGCCACCAUUCCCAGCCGCAAGCAGCAGGUCCUCGACCUUCUCACCAGUUACCUGGAUGAACUGAGCGUGGCCGGGGAGUGUGCGGCCGAGUACCUGGCUCUGUACCAGAAGCUCAUCAGCUCAGCUCACUGGAAGGUCUACUUGGCAGCACGGGGAGUGCUGCCCUAUGUGGGCAACCUCAUCACCAAGGAAAUUGCCCGCUUGCUAGCCCUGGAGGAGGCCACUCUGAGCACUGACCUGCAGCAGGGCUAUGCCCUCAAGAGUCUCACAGGCCUCCUCUCCUCCUUCGUCGAGGUGGAAUCCAUCAAAAGGCACUUUAAGAGCCGUUUGGUGGGCACUGUGCUGAACGGGUACCUGUGCUUGCGGAAGCUGGUGGUGCAGCGGACCAAGCUCAUCGACGAGACCCAGGAUAUGCUGCUGGAGAUGCUGGAGGACAUGACCACAGGUACAGAAUCAGAAACCAAAGCCUUCAUGGCCGUGUGCAUCGAGACAGCCAAGCGCUACAAUCUAGAUGACUACCGGACUCCUGUCUUCAUCUUUGAGCGACUCUGCAGCAUCAUUUAUCCGGAGGAGAAUGAAGUCACCGAGUUUUUUGUGACCCUGGAGAAGGAUCCCCAGCAAGAAGACUUCUUACAGGGCAGGAUGCCUGGAAACCCGUACAGCAGCAACGAGCCAGGCAUCGGGCCGCUCAUGAGGGAUAUCAAGAACAAGAUCUGCCAGGACUGUGACUUGGUGGCUCUCCUGGAGGAUGACAGUGGAAUGGAGCUUCUAGUGAACAACAAAAUCAUUAGUCUGGACCUUCCCGUGGCUGAGGUGUACAAGAAGGUCUGGUGUACCACGAAUGAGGGAGAGCCCAUGAGGAUCGUUUAUCGGAUGCGGGGGCUGCUGGGUGAUGCCACUGAGGAGUUUAUCGAGUCCCUGGACUCUACCACAGAUGAAGAAGAAGAUGAAGAAGAAGUGUAUAAGAUGGCUAGUGUGAUGGCUCAGUGUGGCGGCCUGGAGUGCAUGCUUAACAGACUUGCUGGGAUCAGAGAUUUCAAGCAGGGGCGUCACCUUCUAACAGUGCUGUUGAAACUGUUCAGUUACUGUGUGAAGGUGAAAGUCAACCGGCAGCAGCUGGUCAAACUGGAAAUGAACACUUUGAACGUCAUGCUGGGGACUUUAAACUUGGCGCUGGUAGCUGAGCAAGAGAGCAAGGACAGCGGGGGCGCGGCUGUGGCCGAGCAGGUGCUCAGCAUCAUGGAGAUCAUUCUGGAUGAGUCCAAUGCUGAGCCCCUGAGCGAAGACAAGGGCAAUCUCCUGCUGACGGGUGACAAAGACCAACUCGUGAUGCUCUUGGACCAGAUCAAUAGCACCUUUGUUCGCUCCAACCCCAGUGUCCUCCAGGGCUUGCUUCGCAUCAUCCCGUACCUUUCCUUUGGAGAGGUGGAGAAAAUGCAAAUCUUGGUGGAGCGGUUCAAACCAUACUGCAGCUUUGACAAGUAUGAUGAAGACCACAGUGGUGAUGAUAAAGUGUUCCUGGACUGCUUCUGUAAAAUAGCAGCUGGCAUCAAGAACAACAGCAAUGGGCAUCAGCUGAAGGAUCUGAUUCUCCAGAAGGGAAUCACCCAGAGUGCACUUGACUACAUGAAAAAGCACAUUCCCAGUGCCAAGAACUUGGAUGCAGACGUCUGGAAAAAGUUUUUGUCUCGUCCAGCCCUGCCAUUUAUCUUGAGACUUCUUCGAGGACUGGCCAUCCAGCACCCUGCCACCCAGGUUCUGAUAGGAACAGACUCCAUCACAAACCUGCACAAGCUGGAGCAGGUGUCCAGCGACGAGGGCAUCGGGACUCUGGCGGAGAACCUGCUGGAGGCACUGCGGGAGCACGCCGAGGUGAACAAGAAGAUCGACGCAGCCCGCAGGGAGACCCGGGCGGAGAAGAAACGCAUGGCCAUGGCGAUGCGGCAGAAGGCGCUGGGCACCCUGGGCAUGACGACAAAUGAGAAGGGCCAGGUUGUGACCAAGACGGCGCUCCUGAAGCAGAUGGAGGAGCUGAUCGAGGAGCCGGGCCUCACGUGCUGCAUCUGCAGGGAGGGCUACAAGUUCCAGCCCACGAAGGUCCUGGGCAUUUAUACCUUCACCAAGCGAGUGGCCUUGGAGGAGAUGGAGAAUAAGCCCCGGAAACAGCAGGGCUACAGCACCGUGUCCCAUUUCAACAUCGUGCACUACGACUGCCACUUGGCCGCCGUCAGGCUGGCUCGAGGCCGGGAAGAGUGGGAAAGUGCCGCCCUCCAGAACGCCAACACUAAGUGCAAUGGGCUCCUUCCAGUCUGGGGGCCCCACGUCCCUGAGUCGGCUUUUGCCACUUGCUUGGCAAGGCACAACACUUACCUCCAGGAGUGUACGGGCCAGCGGGAGCCCACGUACCAGCUCAACAUCCAUGACAUCAAGCUGCUUUUCCUGCGCUUCGCCAUGGAGCAGUCGUUCAGCGCGGACACCGGCGGGGGUGGCCGGGAGAGCAACAUCCACCUGAUCCCAUACAUCGUUCACACUGUGCUUUACGUCCUGAACACAACCCGAGCAACCUCCCGUGAGGAAAAGAACCUCCAGGGUUUUCUGGAGCAGCCCAAGGAGAAGUGGGUGGAGAGUGCCUUUGAAGUGGAUGGGCCCCACUAUUUCACGGUCCUGGCCCUCCACAUCCUUCCCCCCGAGAAGUGGAGAACCAUACGUGUGGAAAUCUUGCGGAGGCUGCUGGUGACCUCUCAUGCCCGGGCCGUGGCUCCAGGGGGAGCUGCCAGGCUGACAGACAAGGCUGUGAGGGACUACUCUGCUUACCGCUCUUCUCUUCUCUUUUGGGCCCUCGUCGAUCUCAUUUACAACAUGUUUAAGAAGGUGCCUACCAGCAACACGGAGGGCGGCUGGUCCUGCUCUCUCGCGGAGUACAUCCGCCACAACGACAUGCCCAUCUAUGAAGCUGCUGACCGAGCCCUGAAGACCUUCCAGGAGGAGUUCAUGCCGGUGGAGACCUUCUCCGAGUUCCUCGACGUGGCCGGUCUGUUAUCAGAAAUCACGGACCCAGAGAGCUUCCUGAAGGACCUGUUGAACUCAGUCCCCUGACCUCACACAGGCGCAGCUGGCGGAGAGUGAAGCUGGCCGCCCCCUCCUGUGUCCUGCCCUCCUGUGCGUCCGUCUCCCCACGUGGGGUGCUGCCACAUUACUCUUCCCUCCUCCCUCCCUCGGUUUUUCUCGGAGUGGCUUGGGGUUUUUAGGCUUCCUGUUUUCUCUCGUGUGUGUGUGUGGCGCGCUAUGACAUCUCUGUGACCCGGGCCAUCGGAGGACCUGUACGCGCCUCGGAGCCGUGCGCUGUCCUUGGUCACUGAAUACUUGGGUGUGCGCAUCUUGAGAAAUAAAUGGAUGACUCAAUACCCGCUGAAAAGGAAGGUGUGGCCACUGCUUGGACAUCUGCGGUUCGGUGGUUCUGGCCGAGUGCUUCUCGGAGGGCACGCGUGCAGCCCAGGAAGACGUGUCUCGGGCCGCUGCCUGGGCCCGCUCGGCUCAGACGGAGCCUGUCUGUCCUGCGCCCGCCAGUUGGGGCGACUGAUCUUUCCUAAACAAAACCCUUGGUUUCUCUUCACUGUUUUGGCCUCAUAGCUGAAACCCAAAAGGCCUGUACAACUCUGAGCCUCACGUCUUCAACUGAAGGCAGGCAUGGGGGCAGGACUCCAGCUUUUCUGUGACAGAGGCACUCACUGUUCCCCUCGGGCUGGGCUUGGGGCCCCGAGUGACUCGGGCUGCCAUGGUGAAGUGGGUCUGGCGCACAUAGAGGAGCCAGAGUAGCUGUGCGCCUCCUCACGCCUGGCCUGCCUGUGCCGUGGUCGCUGGGCCCUGUGGCCCCGUGAGAGGGCUGUGAGCCGGUGUCGGGAGGCGCUGUGGCUGCUGCCUUAGCGACCCCAGCGCUGGGGCCUAGAGGCGCACGUGUGCUCCCGGAGACGGCGAGGUUUCUGAGGGACUGAUUGGCUCUAGGGAGGGAGCUUCGCUGGCUCCCACAGUGUCCUCGCCUGUAAUGUGGGGUGUUAGAACCUGCAGGUAAGGUGUUGGCACCUUGAGAAUUGAGGUCACUUGAGAAUUUGCCUGCCACGAAGUGGCACAGGGGCCACUCUGUUAACAAAUUUGUUCCCGUCUGUGGAAGUAUGCCUUUCUUUUCAGUGACGCUCCAUGCCCAGGUGGAGGAGGACAGAGGACCUUGGUCUUUGGGACACUGCUCACUGAACACAGCACGUCCAUCCCCUGUCCGUGUCUCCUGUCCCCCAAAGGCCGUCUGGGCACAUGUCAGCUGGAGCUGCUGUCACGUAACAUGCUGGCAGGCAGCGGAUGGGAGCCGCUUCACCUGGGACGGCAGAGCAGAAGGGAGGGUGGGGGAAGGUGCCAGUGUAAACAGUCAGGUUACACCCCUGCUGGGUGUCGGCCUGCUGUUCCGUGUGGCACGUCUGCAGGCUGAGCCGUCUAUAGCGUCACCUUAGGCGCCGAGUGUGGCCGUGGCCGUGGCGUCUGCAGAGCUGGCACUGCUGUGCUCCGCGCACGGCGCUCUCUUCUUGUCUGCUCUUUGUUUUUUAUUUCUUGUGGAAGCCUCUCAGAGUUUUGCCUCAGGCCCAAUACAUCAAGCUGCCUGUUUUCCCUGU